GUUGGUACGACUGUGAUCACGUUUGUAAUGGAUGGCUGUUGGUUGCAGUGGUUGGAAAAGUAGAAUAUUAGAUUCGGAAAAUAUUAGUUAUUUUUAAUUGACAAUAUGAGCGAAUUGGUGUGGGGUAUUAAAAAUGGUGACUUAGAUCAAGUCAAAGAUAUUGUUGAACAGAAGGAGAUAGAUGUCAAUAAAGAAAUUGAUGGCCGACCGCCCCUUCAUUAUGCUGCAGAUUAUGGUCAAGGGGAUGUUAUACAGUACCUGCUGUCAAAAGGAGCUAAUGUGAAUGCUAAAGAUAAACAUGGAAUUAGUGCUCUGUUAGCAGCUAUUUGGGAAGGUCACACAGAUUGUGUGAAACUACUUCUGGAACAGGGAGCAAUGAAGGAUGGCAGUGCACCAGAUGGUACAAGUUAUGUGGAUGCUGCUGAGAAGGAGGAGAUCAAGCAACUUCUGAAAUGAGAAGAGAAGAUAACAUGUUACUUUAGCCAUUUUGGGCUUUGUUAAAAUUGUUAGGCUUUGUGAACAAAGGAAUGAACAAAUAAUUUUCGGAAAUAAUGUCUCAAAUGGUGAUAACUGGGUUACUAUUAAUUUUUUAAAUUUGUUGCUAGCUUAUCACAUCAAUUCAAUAUGUUGUAUGAACACUACUAUAA